AUGAGGAAAAUGUUAGAAUGUAAUCAUGAUUAUUAUGCUAGAUAUGAAGAGCUUGGAUAUUUUUGGGUAAAGCAUACAAUUGAAUUUUAACGGAUAGAACUAGUACUAAACAGCAACUGGUGGAUUUUUCUCCCUUGCUAUAAUUGCUGUUAUAGCAUUCUUCUUUUAGCAGAAUAUUUUAGAUUUCUUAAAUCGAGUUGAUAUUCAUCUCAACACUUAGACAGUCUUCGAUUUCAACCCAGACAGCAUAAAUUUCAAUGAGGAUAAUUACAUGUUUGCAUUGGCAAUUGAUUAGCCUAACUUCACAACCCUCCCCUUCUUCAACAUCACACUGAAAUAACGUAUUUACACGCGAACCUCCGAUGGAUCCUUAAUUAAGCAAGAUAAUUUCAUAGAUCUGAUCCCAUGCACCUAAGAUCGAUUUUAAAAGAUAUUUAAGAAUUAGGACUUCUCUGCUUAGUUUUCUUAAUUAAAAUUAGAGGAAUGGCUAUGUCCUCAACUCAAUUACUCGAUCUAAUUAGGAGGCAGUUUUACAAGCGACAUUUUCGAGUUUGUCAAAAUAACUGUGAGUGAGUGCUCAAAUAAUUCAAAUUCAAAUUCCAUUUUGUCAUGGAAGCCUCAAUGUGCCAGCACUUAAGCCAGAGAUCGUUAUCUUUAAUAAGAACGCUCUUUCAGAAUCAGGAUGUAAAUUUCUUCUCUUGAUUUAGGUACAUGACUAAUAAUGUUAUCAACCCCUUACAAGUGAAGAACGUGUCUUAAACCUUCUUAGAUGAUGAAACUUAUUUCUCAUUUCUGCUUUAAACAGGAACAGAAGCAGAUGUGUUUUAUUAGAAAUGCAAUAUCACCACUGAUGACAACAUCAUUCCUCUACUCAAAAAAAUAGAUGAAGAAAUCAUCAAUGUCAAAAGAGCAGGAGAUUUUAAAACCAAAAUCGUCCAAAAUAAUGAUUAACAAUUUUCAGCCAUCUAUUUGAGAAGAAGUCCCUACACCUAAAUUUUUAAACGAGAAUUGCAGGAUAUUUCUGAUCUGCUCUCUUAUCUCGGAGGCUUCGCAAAUAUAGUUGCUCUUGUUUUUGGAAUCAUCAUCAAAUCAUAUAAUAAAUCAAGAUGUAUCAACUCAAAUCAUCUAUUUAGUUAUGAUCGAAUUGGCUAAUCAUGUAUAUGAUUUCCCCACAAGGAGUGCUAGCAUUGUAGACUCCCAAGAAAGAAAAGAAAUCAAGAAAACUAUAGCCAAAGCAAAAAGUAGAACCAUCCUUAUCAAGCAGCAAGGUUAGGAUCAAGAAUUGCAAUCUCAAAUGCAAUCACCCAAACAUACAUAAAAUUAGUUAUAAUUCAAUGAUACUAAGUAACAGGAACUAUACAAUAUAUCCAAACAAGAUGAUAUAUACUAAGUCAAAUCAGAAUUGUAGAUUACUAAUCGUCAAGAAGAAUAACUGCUAUUCAGGUAGGAAUAAGAAAAGAUUAUACUUCAACUUGGCAUCCAGGAUCGUAAGAGCUACUUAACUUCGUAAAUCCAGAAGAUAUUAAGUAGAAGCAAACCAAUACUAUUCAACUGCAAAUACAUUCUUUCUAAGGUCUUUUGCUCUAAAUUAUUUUACGACCGUAACAGCGUUCUACUUCAAAAAGCAAUGUAAUGAUUCAUACUCAUAUAUUUAGAAAAAAAAUAAACCAAGAUUUGGAUAUUUGUGUGGUUAUAGACACAGUCAAAGAAAUUAAUUUAAUCAAAGAACUAUUGUUAACUAAAGAUUAAUUGGUGUUAUUUGAUUUUGCUCCAAAAUAGGCAAUUGAUCUUUAGGAAGACGAAAAAUCAAUUAUGACUAGAAGUUAAGUAAGUAGUAGCUUGGAAAGCAUGAGAACAAAUUCAAACUAAACAGCAGGUUAAAAGUAAAACUAAUCAAUUCAAGCAUACUAUAAAUUAUUUUAGGUAAAUACUCUUUAUUUUUAAUAUAGGCCUAUGAUCAUAUUCAUUAACAAUUGUAGUAGAACAACAAAAUUAAUGAGAAAUUGAUUGAGAAAUUAGGACAAGAAGUAAGGGACAUCUUUGAUGUUUCCCACUUCAUUUAAUGGGAAAGGAAAUAGAUUAAAUGUCUAAAAGAUGAUUUCGAGGUUGAUUCAGUUAACUCAGAUCCCAAUAGUAUAAAUAACGUAGAAUAGAUAAAGAUAAAUGUCAAAAUGAAUACAUGA